GGUGGGAAGGUUGUAAAAAAGAUGGCCGCCUCCGUCUCGGGCUAUACUUUCAGUUCUUUAGUUUACCAUCACGCCAACAGCCCCUCGGACCAUGAAGGAUUUCUUUUGGGAGAUGUGAAACAACUAGAGACUUUCAGUAUUAGUGAUUCACAGAUCAGCAACACUGAGCUUCUGCAAGUAAUAGAAAUCCACAACCAUGAGCCUGGUUACCAACUCUUUAGCUUUUACGAUUAUGCAGGAAGAGUCAAUGAAGAAAGUUUGGAUAGAAUCCUGAAAGGGAGGAGGAAAAAUGUUAUUGGCUGGUACAGAUUUAGAAGGAAUACACAGCAGCAAAUGUCCUACAGAGAACAUAUUAUCCAUAAGCAGCUGACAAACAUCCUUGGAGUGCCUGAUCUAGUCUUCCUUCUAUUUAGCUUCAUCUCCACAGCAAACAACUCAACACAUGCGUUGGAAUAUGUGAUGUUUAGGUCUAAUCGACGGUAUGAUCAGAGAGUUUCACUCACUAUUCCAAAUUUGGGGAACACUAGCCAACAAGAGUACAAGAGUUCCUCAGUGCCAAACACAUCACGGAAUUAUGACAAGGUGGUAACAGAACAUGGGGCUGAGUUCUUUGACAAAGAUGGGGUGAUUAAAGAUAUCAGGGCCAUUUAUCAGGUGUACAAUGCACUUCAGGAAAAACUGCAAACUGUAUGUGGGGAAGUGGAAAAAAGUGAACGAACAGUUGAAAACUAUCUACUUGAAGUGGAUAAACUGAAAAAACAAAUAGCGCGUAGGAAAAGAGAGAUUGCAGAUGAAAAGAAACUCCAAGAAGCUGCACUCACAAGGGGAUUAGCUGAAGAAAAUUCGGCACAUGUGCCUACUCAGAAGUUCUGUCCUGGACAAGCAAUGGAAGUGAAUAUGCAAGAAGGCUUGGACUCCUCUGUUGCUCUGUUGCCUAAUUCUGAUCAUUCUGAUGUUACUACUAGGGGCAAUUUGCAGGUGAUGAGUAGUGUUUAUGUGCCUCGGUUACAGGGUGUGGGUUCUACUGGUAAACCUUCAACAAGCGCAACUGCUUCUAACUAUUACGGAAUCAGAAUGGGGAGUCCCCAGUCACAAAAAGCACAUGGUGAUGCUGUUAAUAAAGAAGAGAACAGUUAUGAAAGCUUACAUGAACCUUCAGAAACGUCUGACAGUGAAUAUGCUGCGUUGGGUGACAUGUGUCCGAAUUCACAUCCAAACGAAGACACAAAUGGCCCACAAACUUCACAAAUAUAACAGACUCUUAGGCACUAAUUUUGUGAUGCACAUAAAUUUGGAAGAAAUGAGAGAGAGAUGGUGUUCAGGUCAAGCAAUUGAAUCAAUGUGUAACAGGAAGGUUUCUGUGUGCAGAAAGCUUGUAUAUUCUACAUGUGAUGGGCAUUGCCUAGUGCAAAGUGUGCUUUCAGAUAAACAGGAUGUAGGAUUAUUUGUCUGUACUCUUUGAAAAGUUUCACAUGUAAUAGCCAACAUUUGCUUCCAAUGGCAAAACACAACUAUUGGCACACAAUGGUAGCACCAGAUAUUCUAUUUUAAAAUUGGUAUCACAGGUUAAACCAAUCGCUGCUGGGUCUGUACCUAAUGAAGAAUUUGUUUUAAAUUGACAAUAUUGUACCUCUUGCACUAUGUUUUGUUUUGCCUUUUUUGCGGGCUCACAAAAGGGAACGUUGUCAGCGGUCUUCAAAAUUUGCCCCAUUAAGAGCCAAAUUAGUGUUUGUUGAAUUCUUCAUAGCCAAAUUGGAACAAAAAAUGAAUGCUUUAGCUUGCACGUAAGAUUAUCUGUGAACAAAACUUGUCUUGUUUAGAAAUUUUGUGUAGUGUACUGUAUCGCUACACUGAACCAUCCAAUCCUCUUAGAAAAAAUGAAAGUGUAAAUUACCAGUAUGUAAUCAAAGGUUUGGUUUCUUCAUCAAUAAUGUGCCUGACUGGUGUUAGUAUAGCAAAAUUUGUAUAUAAAAAUAAUCUACUGCUCACUGUUCCUGUUUCCUAGAAUUAUUGCUAUAUUCCAUUUUGGGUGCUGUUAAUUUCUUGAUUUUAUCGCAAUUCAGUUUGCCAAAUUUUGUCCCUUUUAAUUGAAGCUGCAAAGAGGUUUCACUUCAUGAAAUAUGAUGGUCAAUGCGUUUGCUCAUGGACUCAGUGAUAAAGGAAAAUUGAAGUUAAUAGAAUCAUCUCUUAUAAGAGAAAAUGCAAAAUUGUGUUUUGAUUUACCAAUUUCUGAAUUUUCUCAAAUGGGGUUGCCAAACAUGAAAGAUAUAAAGUUAACUUAAUGAAACCCACUAAUCCAUUGUAUGUCAGUAGAUGUUUAAUCUUUGAAAGGGUGACAAUCUUUUUUUAUUCCUUGAGGCAAGGAUUUAUGGAGAAGUUCUUUUUGUGCUAUUUUUGCCAUUCACAAGGAGCUUUUACAUUAAGUAAUGUACCCAAUCCUGUACUCAGGAAUUUCUCGUGUGCAUGUGUUUGCGUGUGUAUAUAUAGAAUGUAACGCGCCUUACCUAUUUCAAAAUGAGAAAACCAAGCUGGUUUUAUAAAUCUGAAGGAACCUGCUAUGGUACAUUUCUGGUUAAGAUUUACCGAACUAUAUUUGAAACACUUUUUUCUCUUAAAUUAUAUGCUGAUAAGGAAGAUGUACUUUACACCCCCUCAACCCUACCAUGUUUUUUAAGCCUUCAGUGGAUUUUCAAUCUGUUGUACAAUACCAAAUUUAUUCUCUUCCCCUUUUUUUAAGUAACACAUUUUGAUUUGGUGUGCAUUGCAGCUGAAUAGUUUGGUUUUAUGACUAUUUCAGCUUGAUAUGCUGACAAACAUGAGAGGAAAACAUAUUAGUGAUUGACUUUGGUUUUUCUUCCGUGUUUGGCUGAUCCCUGAAUGAUGCUAUAUUUUUAUAUAACCAGAACGAUACCAACAUUUGUAUUUCCCAAAGUACAUGAGUAUUGCUGUUACCAUCAAAUGAUAGGACAUGUGAUGACAGAAUUUUGCACAAGCUUUAAGUCUCAAUGUUACUUACUUUAGCUUGCUGAAUUAAAGUUUAAGUGGCACUUGGGAAUGAUAAUUACAGAAAUUUUGCAGGUAAGCAUUUAAAAUUGGGCAACAUAAUUUUUAUCCUAAUCAAAACUAAUAUAAAUGUAGAUGUUAAAGAUCAGCUGUUGGCUACAUUAAAAUGAUGAGCUGGAAGAAAAUUAACUUGAGCAUUAGAGUCCCACUACAUUUAUUUUAAAAUUAUUAGAAUUUUGAAGUCUGUAAAAAUGCAUCUACUUUCAAUGGUAGAAGUGUUGAAUUAAUUUCAGAAUAAAAAUAAAUAUUUCUGAAUCUAAUUUAUCCUAUUGAUAUUUCUUCCAUAACUUCUAAAUUCAAAGGCUGCACAGACUCGUGGCAACCAAAUUGUCACAGUUUAGUAACAGUGGAGGUGAUAGUGGUGCUUUUUCUUUUGAGUGCUCUUGCAGGUUGGUCAGUGUUGCCUGUGCGUGAUGCAGAAAAUGCUCAUAUCAAACAUGGAGGAAUGUAAUUCUGCCACUGUCUGCAGUUGAAGACAGAUCCCUUUCUCUACUGCUGUCAUCCCUUAGAAGCAUCAACAUUCAGUUUUAAAUGACGCCUGUUUUAAUUUUCAGUAAGCUUAAGUUCCAGAAGCGUUAAACAAUGUUUGUGGCUGUAAAUAUUGCUUGGAACCUAUUUAAAUGUAAAUCUCUGUUCAUAUUUUUCCCAAUUUAUAUGGCCAUAUCCUCAGCUGUAAAAUUUUAAGUUCAUAUUUUUAAUUGUGCCAACCACAUUUUUCAGCAUUUGUGAACUACAAAGUUGUUUUUCACCUUUUUCACUGUCUAAAACAUUGAACUCAUUGCCUUAGGGAUACUAUAUCUUCUGUGGACAGUGACUACACAUUUUGAUCUAAACUGCAGGAAAAAAAUUAAAUACAAUUGUGAGUGCACCCAUACAACAUUCAUUUCAAAUUGAAUUUGCUUAAUCGAUUUAUUACUGCUAUUUGAAAUACCAUAAUUUUAAAACUGCAGGAGUUUCAGCUAUUUUACAAAACUGUACAGUCUCAAAAUAUUCAAGUGACAAUUUGCAGUAAUAUUUUAUGCUUAUAGAAUUGUACUCAGAAUGAUUCCUGGUGAAGUUUUUGGUAAUAAAUGUUUCAUGUUUAGAGUCCAUACACUACUGACUAACCAGUUUCUAAAGACUGACAUCCAAAGAUUUCCCCAUAAAAUUGGACGAAGCACUCCAAAUGGUGAUUCUCAUUGAGGACCAAAUCUUUCUGAAAUUUGCAAAGCUUAUCAAUGUGGCAUAUAUUGCAGCAGUUCAUUUGUGCUCAGAAUGGUUUUGAGGGAGAAGCUGAAUACUUGCCCCAUUUAAAAUUUUUUGGAAAAAAGCCCCAGUAGUUACUGACCCAGUUUGUGGUAUAGCAUUGGAGUGUAGGUGGUGACAGUGAUGAUAGCAUAUCCAUUGGCCAUUUCAUCAGGGAGGGAAGGUUCUCAAUGUCAUAUGCUACAUAAUUUUGAACGCCAGUGUUGGUUUUUAGUAAAAUGUACUUAGGUUAUAUUGAUUCAGAAUUAUAAAGUAAUCACUGGCAGUUUAGAAAGUUAUAGUGAGCAAACCUUAGCAUUGCACUGUCUGAAAUAUCUGGAGUCAGCAAGUUAGUGCUAAAUGGGAAUAUGGAAAGAAUGAAGAUAGUUAAUUUUUUAUAAUAUGCAUAUACACAAAAUAUUGUAUAGAGUCUGUAAAAUAAGUGGCAAAGGAAACUGUUUAAUGGAUGUUAUCUUCACUGUCCUUGGAAAUUGAACUAUUGAAAAUAAAACAAGUGAAAUGCCACUUAGCCAUUGAUAUCCUGUUUUU